AUGGCGCCUCGAAGGUCCUCGCGAUUGGCUGCCUUGCAAUCGACCAACGAGCUCUCCUCCUCCGUCAAACCCUCUGCAGCAUCAGCAGAAGCCGGUGCGGCUGCUUUUCAGGCGCGGGCUGCUGCCGCUGCUGCUGGUGCUGCUGGCGAAUUGGAGCGGAAGAGAGCAGGGGGGGCAGGGAAGGCGCAAGGACCGGAUAGGGCGCUUGAGCAAUCCCUGUGGUCCCGGGGGUUCAAACAUGUGUAUGGGGUGGACGAGGCGGGGCGAGGGCCGCUGGCAGGGCCUGUGGUGGCUGCUGCUUGCGCCGUGCCUGCUGGGUUGGAGAUCCCAGGUCUAGCGGACAGCAAGAAGCUCACGGAGAAGCAAAGGGAGGAGAUAUUCGACGCCAUCAUUGGGAAUCCCGACAUUUUUUACGCUGUGGACAUAGUGGGGCCAUCAGAGAUCGAUAAGGUCAACAUCCUUGAGGCAACGAUGCUGGCGAUGGGCAACAGCAUAGCCAAAGUGGUUGAGGACCCCCAAAGUCCAUCCCCUGACUAUGUGCUAGUGGACGGUAACAGGGUUCCUAAGGGGCUGCCCUGUGCUGCUGAGGCUGUUGUCAAGGGUGAUGCCACCUGCUAUGCCAUUGCAGCUGCUUCUAUCCUCGCCAAAGUGACAAGGGACCGACUCAUGCUCAAAUUCGACAGGCUGUACCCAGCAUAUGGUUUCAAGCAGCACAAGGGGUACGGCACAGCAGCACACAUGAAAGCACUCCUGGCCCAUGGCCCUUGCCCCAUCCACCGCCGAUCCUUCGCCCCAAUCAAGGAUUGGACGGACGUGGGGCGAAGGGAGGGGAAGGGAGGGGUGGAAGAGGGAGGUGGAAUAUGGGAUGGUAGUAGUAAAGCGGGAUGCAGAAUGAUGCUGGUAGCGGCUCUGGUAUCGCCGGAUGUUGAAGAGGUGCCUAAAGAACCGUCAUUCCAACCAACUGCUCACCUUGUUGAAGAGGUGCCUAAAGAACCGUCAUUCCAACCAACUGCUCACCUUGUUGAAGAGGUGCCUAAAGAACCGUCAUUCCAACCAACUGCUCACCUUGUUGAAGAGGUGCCUAAAGAACCGUCAUUCCAACCAACUGCUCACCUUGUUGAAUUUCGAGCUCUACCUCCCUCCACAGUGGGAGUGGGAGAGGAGGAGGAAGCAGAGGAGGAGGAAGAGGAGGAGGAGGAGGAGGAGGAGGAGGAGGAGGAGGAGGAGGAGGAGGAGGAGGAGGAGGAGGAGGAGGAGGAGGAGGCGGAGGAGGAGGAUGGUGAAAGAGAGGAGGAGGAAGGUGGGGAGGGGGGCUUCAGCCCCUCUGGCGGUUUGAUGCCAACCUUCUUGAUUCGCAUCUUUUUGGCAAAGAAGGUGGAAAGGGUUCGAGAGGUCCCGACCAGAGAAGUCACUGAUGGGGAAGAGGGGCGGAAGGGUGGGAGAGCAGGGGGUAGGAGGAGAGCACAGGGGAGUGGGAGAGCAGACGGGCACAGGGAAUUGAUGAAAGGUGGAGGGAGUUCGAGAGGUCUGGUCACCGAAAAAGUGGAUCCACUGGCCCUUGAGACACUGGUGUAA